AAACUUGUCAAACUGAACAGAAUGACUGAUUCAUGGCUGCAGCUCCUUGUCUUGAUGUUAACAGGUCUGUCGACAUGUGUGGCACAAGUGUGCGGCAGGCCUCCGCUGGGGAAACGUAUCGUGGGAGGAGCUGAAGCAGCAGCAGGGGCGUGGCCAUGGCAAGUGGACAUUCAGUUGGGAGCCAAAGGCCAUGUUUGCGGUGGAUCCAUAAUUGCAAAAAAUUGGGUCCUUUCUGCUGCACACUGCUUUCCUAACCCCUCAGACGUGUCUUCGUAUCGCCUGUACAUGGGACGCCAUCUGCUCAAUGGCUAUAACCAGUUUGAGAUGGUCAGUCAGGUGCAGCAAGUGGUCGUUCCAGAAGGAUACUCAAGCCCUCAGGAGGGCAGAGAUGUAGCCUUAGUGCAGCUGCGCUCUCCAGUCACCUGGUCAGACAGGAUCCAGCCUGUGUGUCUGCCAUAUGCUGGGUUCCAGUUCAACAGUGGAACCUUGUGCUACGUCACGGGCUGGGGAUACACUCAGGAGGGUGUUUCUCUCGGUGGAGUCGGGCCGCUACAGGAAGUGCUGGUGCCCAUUAUCAACCAGUCCUCCUGCCAGUCAAUGUAUCAGAUAUUGUCAUCUGAUUUAGUAACAGUCAAUAUCUUAUCAGACAUGAUCUGUGCUGGAUACAUGGAGGGAGGCAAGGAUUCCUGUCAGGGGGACUCUGGAGGCCCUCUGGUUUGUGCUGGUGGCAAUGGGACUUGGAUUCAAGCUGGAGUUGUAAGUUUUGGACUUGGCUGUGCUCAGAAGAACCGGCCAGGUAUCUAUUCCAGAGUCUCCAGCUUCGCGAGCCUCAUCCGCAGCACAGUUCCAGAAGCUCACUUUCUCGGUCACGCUCAGAGGAGUGAAAGUCAAACGCUUCUGGUUCUUGGCCUCUCUUGUGCAUUAGUACUUUUGUGGGGAUAGUAUAUUCUUUAAGUAUAUAUGCAAUGCACAUGGGAAACACAGUCAAG